UCGAACACAGUUUUGAUAUUGUUUUCAAUGCCACAUAGCAUCCCCAACGUCUCUAGACAAUGCCGCCAUGCCCUUGAAUCUGACCAAUCGCCGCUUCGAGAUUGGAUAUUUGAUAGUUUGACGGUUGGAAUAGAUGGCAUGUGAUAAGAUUACAAGGAAAAUGCAAAGGUUCACUAUUUUUGGUAAAGUGGAUCCUUCCCAAACUAUUUUUCGGCUCAGUGUGCUACCUUUAUUGGUGCCGUAUUCAUCCACAUAGAAGAACUUAAGAUGGGGAGCUUGGUUUUGGAAGGGAAAUUGCUGGAGAUGUUUGAAGUUGGGCCCUGUGGAGAUGCUUACCAGAUGGGAAUGUUGAUAGGCCAGAGGUUUUCUAGUCAAAUACGGAGUAGAUUGGCCAGAGACCUCGUUCUACGGGACCAACUUCUACCUUUUGCCCAAACCCAACAAGCACAACCACUUCUCAAAGCACUCACAGACAAUAAUCAAAAGAAGUUUCCACAAUACUGGGAUGAGCUCCUUGGGACAGCUGAGGGAAGCGGAGUGCCUGUUCUGGAUCUAAUACUAAUCAACUUCAGGAAAGAGAUUGUUCCCUUUCUUCCAAAGACUUCAAUAAUGUCCAAUAUUGUUGAUGCUGUAGAUGAUUGCUCUGAUGUUCUUAUCGUUAGUGAUUCAUUGGCGAUGGCAGCACACAACGAGGACGCAAAUGUUGCCCUAGUUGGACACACCUAUUUGAUAAAAGGCACGCUUGCAAAUGGACCGUCUUUCAUUGCUUACACAUAUGCAGGAGAGCUCCCAAGCUGUGCCUUUGGAUUCAACAGUCAUGGAUUGGCAUUUACAUUAAAUUCAGUACCCCCAACUAAAGAGGAGAUUAUAGCUGGUGGCAUUGGACUUAACUUCGUUUCCCGCAAUCUCCUCGAAGCAUCAGACAUUGAUGAUGCAUUGACUAGAAUUCGUUCUUCAGAAGUUUCUGUGGGACAUAGUUAUAAUCUGAUUGACUUAAAAACUCGUAAGAUUCUAAACGUUGAGACCGCAUCAAGGAAUCGGAUUUCCAUCAGAGAGAUUGGAGCAACACCAUUUUUCCAUGCUAAUAUGUAUCUCCAUCUUCCUGUUCAGCAGGUACAGGAUGAAAAUUCCAUAAGCAGGCAAAACAGAGCGGCUCUGCUACCAAAAAGAUCAAGAAAAGAAUUGCUGUCAAUUCUUGGAGAUACGGACGAUGCAAAGUACCCCAUCUACAUGACAGGUCCAACACUUUAUACACUAUGUACGGCUGUAAUCGAUCUGGAUGAACAAACACUAUCAAUUAUUGAGGGGAAUCCAAAGGAAGAGGAAGCUUCUCAUGUAUUCGUUAUGUCAGCAAAAGAGUUCAAGAUGCCUCAAUAAAGCUCUUAGCUGAACUUAUUUCUUAAGGCCCUUCAACUGGUUCACUGAGGUCUAACAUGUGGCCUUUAGAUAAGGAAGUUUCUCAGUAUUCGUUAUGUCAGCAAAAGAGUUCAAGAAGCCUCAAUAAAGCUCUUUGCUAAACUUAUUUCUUCAGCCGCUUAAGCUGGUUCACUGAGGCCUAACAUGAGGCAUUUAGAUGUGCUAAUACAGAUCACCUUAAGAUACUGAAUAAUGAUUUCCAAAAAUUAAGAUGAAUGUACCUGUAGAGUGAGAAAAAGGGCAUUUACCUUUCCAUGGAUCUUAUAUUUGAAGGGACCGUCCUGUUCAGCUCCUAUUA